AUGGGGUUUGAUUCCGAGAAGCAAUCGAUCUCUUCUGUUGGACAGGUUUCGAACUUCUCAACUUUUGAAAUUGGAGUCUCAUUUGUAAGCGUGAACUUAGACCAUAGCUUCUGGAUUUGGGAUAGCGAAUUUACGAAUCCUGCUGGUGAUUCUUCUUCAGGUGGGAUUAUCUCAGUAAAGGAACCUCUAAUUAAGGAGAAGCACUGCCCAGAAAACUACUCUGUUCUUGCAGCCAUUCCCCCGUUUCUCUUUCCAGCUCUUGGAGCUUUGCUGUUUGGUUACGAGAUUGGUGCAACAUCUUGUGCAACCAUUUCUAUUAAGUCGCCUACACUAAGUGGAGUUUCAUGGUACAACUUGUCUUCAGUGGAUGUUGGUAUAUUUACUAGCGGCUCACUCUAUGGUGCCUUACUUGGCUCAAUUGUGGCAUUUACUGUUGCCGACAAUAUUGGAAGAAGAAAGGAGUUGAUUUUGGCUGCAUUCUUAUAUCUUGUUGGAGCCAUAGUGACUGCAAUAGCACCUGUCUUUUCCGUCCUGAUAAUUGGACGGGUUAUAUAUGGCAUCGGGAUUGGACUGACAAUGCACGCGGCGCCAAUGUACAUUGCGGAGACUGCUCCAAGUCAGAUACGUGGACGGAUGAUAUCACUAAAGGAAUUCUCCACUGUCCUUGGGAUGGUUGGAGGUUAUGGAAUCGGUAGCUUUUGGGUUACGGUUAUAUCUGGUUGGCGUUACAUGUACGCAACAAUUGUCCCUUUGCCAGUUAUCAUGGGAAUUGGAAUGUGCUGUCUACCAGCAUCUCCUAGGUGGCUUUUACUGCGCUCUCUCCAGGGAAAAGGGAAUGUAGAGAACCUUCAACAGGCUGCAAUCAGGUCACUUCGCCGCCUUAGAGGGUCGGUCGUAGCUGACUCAGCCGCUGAACAAGUAAACGAGAUCUUAGUUGAACUUUCCUCUGUGGGUGAGGAUAAAGAAGCUACACUUGGUGAAUUAUUUCAAGGCAAGUGUUUGAAAGCUCUCACUAUAGCAGGAGGGUUAGUCUUGUUUCAACAGAUAACGGGACAACCAAGUGUACUUUAUUAUGCAGCAUCAAUACUACAGACUGCCGGCUUUUCUGCUGCGACUGAUGCAACUCGGAUCUCAAUUCUGCUUGGUUUAUUGAAGUUGGUUAUGACUGGAGUUGCUGUUAUAGUUAUUGAUAGACUUGGAAGGAGGCCUUUACUUCUUGGUGGUGUUAGUGGCAUGGUGAUCUCAUUGUUCCUCCUGGGGUCCUACUACAUCCUUUAUAAUACUGUACCAGCUGUUGCUGUCGUUGCAUUGCUACUGUAUGUGGGCUGUUACCAGAUAUCUUUUGGUCCUAUAGGUUGGCUGAUGAUUUCAGAGAUAUUUCCAUUAAAAUUAAGAGGUCGAGGAAUCAGCAUAGCAGUGCUUGUGAAUUUCGGCACGAACGCGCUUGUGACAUUCGCUUUCUCACCUCUGAAGGAGCUGUUAGGAGCUGGAGUAUUGUUCUGUGGAUUUGGAGUGAUAUGUGUACUGUCUCUCUUCUUCAUAUACUUCAUUGUGCCUGAGACAAAGGGUCUCACUCUUGAAGAAAUUGAAGCCAAAUGUCUUUAA